UUGUGUAUCCAAUGGAUAACAUCGUGGCGCGUUAUUAGUAGUUCUUAAACCAAAAAAAAAAAAAAAAAUCGGAAAAGUGUUGUGUUGAAAACAAAACUCAUACAAAAAAAACAAAUAUUUAUAGACAAAGAUAAAUGAAAAUACUAAGAAGUGAGAAAAAAAAAACAAUUUUCUUUAAUUUCUAGAGACCACGUGAAAAUUUAAAAACGUUUUUAAGGAAUUCCCUGCUAGAAGUUGCAAAUGCGAUUUAUUUUUGCGGUUUUGUAUUCUAUAUGAGUGGAUAUUUGUGCCGGUGUCUGUCUCCGAAAUCUAUUAGAGUAUUAAAUAAUGAUCAUAAAUAAAUAAAUAAAAAAAAAUUAUAACAAAUAAAUAAAUAUAAAAAAUGUUUAGUGUAAAUAAAUAAAUAAAAUUAAAAAAACAAAUAAUUGUGUAUACAUGGCGCCACAUUCAGCAGACCCCUUUUGAAAUAUUAUUUGUGUGAUCUUUAAAAUAAAAAUGUUCGUUUUCUUUAAUUCUCUCUUAAAUCAUUAAUGAAUUAAAUUUUAUAUUUUCAUAAAUAUUUCAUGACAAUUAUUGAAAUUUAUAAAUUGCCGUUAAAACUUAUUUAAUAAUAAUUUAGAUCCAGAGAUUUAAAAAAUUUCUAUUCAUACAUUUAAGGAAACGUUUCCAUAACAAUGUUUAUCAAAUUGCAAUGUUAAAAAUAAUGUAUAAAAUUAAUAAACUUAUUGAUAAUGGAUAAUUAAUAAGAAUUUUUAAGCAAAAAAAAUAAAAUUUCCACUUUUAAUGCUAAAACAAAUUAAAUUAAACAAUAAUUAUAAAAGUAAAACAAACAACAAUAAAAAAUAAGUAAAAUUAUAAAAAAAUAAACAACUUAAUCAAUAAUAAAAUGGAACCUCAAUUACAAUUAAAUAUUAUUUUAUGCCUAAUACUGUCAAUGUGGCAUGUUUAUGGUGAUGAACAAUUAUAUGGCCUGCAUUCGGACGAACUGAUAUCUGGUGAACUGGUUAUACCUAAAAAAGUAACAGCAACUGGUGAGUUUCUAACGCAUAAUCUAACGCAUCAUCAUGGCGAACAUUAUCGGCAUCAACGAAGGCGUCGAAGUUUUAGAGAAGAUGAUCAAGCUACUGCCUCCACAGAACCAGAAGUUCAUUACCAGUUGCAAAUACAAAAUGAAACUUUACAUUUGGAAUUAGAACCCAAUUCAUAUUUCAUGACGCCCCAUUUAGUGGUGGAACGACACAAACGAGAUUUACGCACACGCAAACGACCACAGAAAAAUACAAAUUGUCAUUAUCAUGGCAAAGUCAGAGGACAAGAGCAAGAUUCAAGGGUAGCGAUAUCAACGUGUCGUGGUUUGGUCGGUCAUAUAAAAACUAAAAAUAAUGAAUACUACAUUGAGCCAUCAAAAAAUCAUGCAGCCCACAACAUCAACGGACAUCCGCAUGUUGUAUUUCAAAGAUCGUCUGUUAAGGAAAAGUCAACGAAUCACAACAACAAUAACACUAACAAGAAUAAGAAACCACAUAAACGCAGGCAGGAGCAACAUAAAUUGCAGCAAAACGAUGGAAAGAAGCCAAAGAAGGCUUUAAGUAAUUGUGGUACUAAAGAACCCAAAAGACGCAUUGAAGCUCGUUUAGUAGAAUGGCAACCUCAAGGAAAGGUAAAAAUUCAAGGUGGCAGAAAAAUACGUAGACUACGUCAUCAGCAUCAGCAUGAAAAUCAACAGCAGAAAUCUCAAUAUAAAUAUCAAACUACAACAACGACGGAUGUUAAACACCAAAAAUAUCAUCAUAAGAAACAUGACUACAACCACAAGGAAAACCAAGAUAUCUUAUCAUCAUCGUCAUCUCCAUCAACAACAACAGCAGCAGCAGCAUCAUCUGAGCAAACAACAGUCGCUUUUGCGCCACAACCACAACAAAAACAAAAACAACAUAAACAUCAUCAUCAACAUCAGCAUCAACAUCAUCUAAAACCAGAGUUUCAUUUACAGCAACCAUCACCAUUAGCAUCCCAUGCCAACAGCCAUCAACGAAAGAAACGUUCAAUUAGCAGCCCACGACAUGUAGAAACUCUUAUUGUGGCCGAUUCUACAAUGGUUGGUUUUCAUGAAGAAAUCGAGACUUAUCUUUUGACCAUAAUGAAUAUGGUAUCUGCUCUCUAUAAGGAUCCCAGUAUUGGUAAUGCCAUCGAAAUAGUUGUAGUUAGAAUCAUACUACUCCACGAUAAUGAGACACAUCCAGAUUUGAAUCUAACACAAAAUGCCCAACAGAAUUUAGAUACAUUUUGUAGUUGGCAACACAAAUUGAAUACCGAAAAUGAAUUAGAUCCUCAGCAUCAUGAUGUGGCAGUUUUGAUAACACGUAAAAAUAUUUGUGGCAAUAAUUGUAUGACUCUGGGUUUGGCUAAUGUCGGUGGAAUGUGUAAACCGAAACAAUCGUGCAGUGUUAAUGAAGACAAUGGCAUUAUGUUGUCACAUACGAUAGCUCAUGAAUUGGGACAUAAUUUUGGCAUGUUUCACGAUACUGCAAAAAUUGGUUGUCAUCCGCGAGUGGGUUCUAUAGUGCAUAUAAUGACACCAACAUUUGGAGCGGAUACCCUGCAAGUUUGUUGGUCAAAUUGUAGUCGAAAAUUUAUCACACAUUUCCUAGAUCAAGGUCUGGGCGAGUGCUUAGAUGAUGAGCCCACCGAUAUAACAGAAUAUGUUUAUCCCGAGGAACUACCCGGUCAUCGUUAUAGUGCCGAAGUGCAAUGUCGUCUACAAUACAAUGUUACAGACAGUGAAGUACGUGCCUGUUCGUCCAUGAAUGAAAUCUGUUCAACAUUAUGGUGUCGUGUUAAUGGUGAAUGUAUUACUAAUAUGAGACCAACAGCACCAGGAACACCGUGUGGAAAUCGUAAGUGGUGUCAAAAUGGCAAAUGUGUACCUAAAGAAUCGCUGCAGAAAAUUGAUGGCGGUUGGGGUGAUUGGUCCGAAUGGAGUGAAUGUUCACGUUCUUGUGGUGGUGGUGUUUCAAUACAACAAAGAGAGUGUGAUAAUCCUUUGCCAGCAAAUGGUGGUUCAUUUUGUAUAGGCGAGAGGAAAAGGUAUCAAAUAUGUAAUCCUCAUGCUUGUCCCAAAGAUGAGCCCAGUUUUCGUGCUAAACAAUGUGAAAAGUAUAAUAAUAAAGCUUAUCAGGGAGAAUUUUAUAAAUGGUUACCCUACUUUGAUAAACAAAAUCCUUGCAAACUUUAUUGUACGGAUGAGGAUGAUACUAUUAUUGCCAAUUGGGGUGAUGUGGUUUUAGAUGGUACACCUUGUACUUUGGGUACCAACAAUAUGUGUAUUGAUGGUAUUUGUAGGAAAGUUGGUUGCGAUUGGAUUGUUGAUUCAGAUAUGCAAGAUGAUCGUUGUGGCGUGUGCGGUGGCCAAGGAGAUCAAUGUAAACCGGUGAAGGCCACCUAUAGUGAAACACUUAAGGUUACCGAAGGUUAUGUAGAAAUUGUAGUGCUGCCAGCAAAGGCACGUCAUAUUGUUAUCAAAGAAUUGGGAAAUUCACCACAUUUUCUGGGCGUGGCUAGAGCGAAUAGCAGUUUAUUUUAUUUGAAUGGCGACAGUUUAAUAUCAAUGCCGGGUGAAUUUCUAAUAGCCGGUGCUGAAAGUUUCUAUGAUCGCAUAGAUGAUCAAGAGAUUAUAAAAAUUCCACAACCUAUACAACAUUCCAUAGCUAUAUAUAUUAUUGUUAGAGGCGAUGAGCCUAAUGAGGGUAUUUACUAUGAAUUCACUUUGCCCGCCUUAAAUGUUAGUUCAUCUAAACACUUUUUAUGGAAAUUAAGCGAUUGGUCUUCUUGCUCGGUUAGCUGUGGUGGAGGUCUGCAAUAUCGUGAACCGAUUUGUUAUGAAAACGGCAAAAUGACUCCCGACAUUGAGCUUUGUUGGGCUUUUGCCAAAAAUGCUCGUCCUUUGCGUUUAACUAAAAAAUGCAAUGACACGCCCUGUCCAGCCCACUGGCUAACAGGUCCUUGGCAAUUUUGUCCGGUUACCUGUAAAAACGCUAAUGCGCCUUUACCAGUGCGCCGAAGAUCUGUCAUGUGUCUAGACCAAAAUGAUGUUGUGGUAGAUGAUGACACAUGCAACCCCUUUACAAGGCCCAGCGAUACCGAAUACUGUGAACAUAAUUUACCCGAUUGUAGUAUAAAAGAAAAAUUUAAAAAGUUUUUUAUUUAGAUUUUAAGACAAAAUCCAAUACUUUUAAAGAAAAUAAUUUUAAGUUUUAGUUGUUAAAACAAAUAUUCCAUAUUAGAUUUUUUUAUAAUAAUUCAAAAUUUCAAAGAAAAAUCUGUUGUAAAAUUUGCAAGUCUUAGUUGUAAUGUUUUUCUUACAAAUAUAUUAGUUUAAG